GAAAAUGGUUUGAAAGCGAUUAUUUUAGUGGAAGGAACAAAAGUGAAAGAACGUUUGUAUACGUUUGCGCCUGGAGAUUAUGUUGAGGUUGCCGAUGGUGAGCUGGUGAAUUUACGUGGUCGUGUGCAGAGUGUCGAUGGUGAGAAAGUGGUGGUUUUACCGGACCAUGAGGAACUUAAGAGGAAAUUAUAUUCGUUUCUUUCGCUCGAGUUGAAAAGUAUCUCGGUUGAAAUUGUCGAGCGCUGA